CGCUUCGAUAGACUUUCUGCUCCACACGUACGCUCGCAUAAAUCCUUCGUGCCGGCGGGGGAGAUGGCAAUGCCACCCGCCGCGGUGGCGCGGCUGCGGGAGCUGGUGCCGGCGCCGGGGACGGAGGAGGAGCUGGAGCUCGACGUCGCCGGCGCGGCCGCGCUCGUCGAGUGCUGCUCCGGCCUCCUCCGCCCUGGCGGCGGCGGUGACGGCGACGCCGGGGCCGCGCUCGAGGCGCUCGAGGCACUCUGCGCUGCGGGCGGAGGGGGCGCGAUGCGCCGCCAUGCCGAUGGGCUCGCUCCGCUGGUCGUCGCGCGCCUCGGCGACGGACACGCGGCCGUGCGGGAGGCCGCGAGGAGGUACCUCGUGCUGCUCAUGGAGAUGAAGGAGAUGAAUGCAAGAACGGAAAACACAGAGCCAAACUCAAACGUGCCAAAUGACCAACACGUUCACUAUACGACAAUCGAAAUGGAAUCUUCUAAUACCAGCCAAGCAAGAAAAAAUUCCAAAGAGAAGGUCAGCGCAAGAGACAUCUCGCUUCUUGCAGGAGAAGGAGAUAUUACAAGGAAGUUAGUCGAACCUAUAAAGGUUUUCUCUGAGAAGGACCUACUAAGGGAGAUAGGAAAAGUAGUAUCUACUUUGCAGCCAGAUAAUGAGUGGUCAAUCCGGAUAACUGCAAUGCAAAGAGUGGAGGGUUUAGUGCUUGGAGGUGCUGCGGACUAUUCGGCCUUCCCCAUGCUCCUAAAACAGCUCAUGACUCCUCUAAUAACUCAGCUUCUGGAUAGGAGAUCUAGCGUUGUAAAACAGGCAUGCCAUUUAUUAAACUUCCUAUCAAAAGAGCUACUACGUGACUUUGAGCCAUACGCAGAGCUGCUUAUUCCGGUCCUUCUUAAGAAUGUCGUGAUCACCAUCCUUGUAAUUGCUGAGUCUGCUGAUAACUGUAUAAAAGAGAUGUUAAGGAACUGCAAGGUGGCUCGUAUACUACCAAGGAUUAUUGAAUUUGCAAAGAAUGAUAGAAGUGCUGUUCUUCGUGCCAGGUGUUGUGAAUAUGCAACACUAAUGUUAGAGUACUGGGUUGAUACUCCAGAAAUACAGAGAUCAGCUGACCUGUACGAAGACCUUAUAAAAUGUUGUAUAGCAGAUGCAACUAGUGAGGUCCGAUCAAGCGCAAGGGCAUGCUACAGGAUGUUCUCAAGGAUUUGGCCUGACCGUUCGCAUCAGCUGUACUCAUCUUUUGAACCACCCAGACAGAAAAUGAUAAAUGAUGAAGAUACUGAGACACCUCAAGCGCAUCUUCCUCCAGUUAAAAUAAGUCAUCUUCAACCUAGUUCUUUCGUUCCAGCUGUAAUAGAUAAAGUUGUUAAGGUCGAUUCUGGGAUAUCAUUUUCUUCCGGAGACCUUCAAACAUCAGACAUACUAUACCUCCAGUGUGAUGAUAUAAUCGCAAAAGGCCUAGAUGCGGGCAAUAACGAUGACACACUGACUAUUGGAAGUUCUUUUGAGGAUAAGAUCACACUAAGAGAACUAGAAACUAGAGACAGAGAUACUGAGAAAAAUGAUUCAGGCAACAGUACAGGUGUCAAUUCAUCGGCUCGUGACCAACCAACUGCCACUCCCAUUACAAUAGAAGCACCUUCAGAAAUGUCACUGGAUGAUGCAACUGUUGUAACAAUUGUUCAAGACAAGGCUGAAUGCAAGCUGAAUGUUGAACCGAUAAAUCAGCAAGUUCAAGCACAAGAAGAUCCUUCUGACUUGACAUGCCUGUCACCUGCAGUUAACUCGAAAGGUGCAGGGAACUUACUAAAGGAAAAUCCUGUUGAAGUAAGCUCUGAUGCUGGAUCAAGUGGAAAAGUAGGAACUCAUAAGAAGAGUGCUGUUUCUAAGAAGCCACGUGGUAGUUACACCCCUAACUUCCGGCGACCUCUCUUGAGUAAGCAGAUGACAAAUUGGUUUUAUGCCAGUACCAAAAGUGAUAUACAUGAGAAGCAACUCAUUCUGGGAGAAAUGGUCAACAACAUGGAUGUGCCCUCAUCUAUUACAGAGGCACUUUCUUUGGGUCUUAACCCAAGAUCAGAUUGGAUGAUGAAGGUAUAUGCAUUCAGUUUCUUAAGACAGUGUUUGCUAGAACGUGGAUCAAAAGGCACUCAGGAAGUUGCACAAAAUUUUGAGAAGGUUAUGAGGCUUGUUUGUCGAUAUCUAGAUGAUCCCCAUCACAAAGUGGCACAUGCUGCUCUCUCUUCACUAGCUGAUAUCAUGCCAGUUUUCAAGAAGCCUUUUGAACAUUAUCUCGACAAGACACUGCCCCAUAUUUUCUCCCGGUUAAAUGAUCCAAAGGAAUCAAUCAAGCAGCAGUGCUUGGCAAUUUUGAAACAUGCAAAUGAAAGUUAUCCCAUUGAUUCUCUCUUACCCGCCUUACUUCGUUCGCUAGAUGAGCAGAAAUCUCCCAAGUCAAAACUGGCAGUUCUUGAGUUUGCAAAUGCCUCUUUUGUGAAAUGCGAAGUCAAUUCUGAAAGCUAUUGUAGCAGCAGCUUCCUCAAGCCAUGGUUUGGAAAACUUGCCCAUUUGUUUAACGAUAAAAACAAGAAACUGAAGGAGGUUACAGUGGUUGGUUUCUCAUCUAUUUAUUCUCACUAUGAUCCUACAUCCAUGUUAAGCUUUUUGGUCACCCUGUCAAUGGAAGAACAAAAGCGGCUAAAACGGGCAAUGAAGCAAUUAAUACCAUCAAUAGAAAGUGACAUGGAAGAGUUCUUGCAACAGAAGAGACAUAAGCAAAAGACUCCAUCUUUUGAUAUUUUUACUGCAAAAUCACCACUUCAUCCUGCAUUUCAAUCUGCAAAAUCACCACUGCAUCCUGCUCAUCGAUCUUCUAAAUCACCACUCCAUCCUCGAUUUGCUGAGUCGCCCGGUCAUUCCGCAUAUAAAUACGCCAAGUCACCGCUGCAUCCCUCGUAUCAACCUGCUAACUCACCGCUGCAUCCCUCGUAUCAAUCUAACUAUGUCAAGGCUGAUGAUUGUUUCAGUUCUGCACUCCAGUGUCUCCCGGAUACAUCUUUGGAAGUCCAGGAGGACCGUACUGGAAGGAUUGAGAUCGAAUCUCCUAAUAAAUCUUAUGGGCACAAAGCUGAAAUGAUGGACAAGAAGUCCUGUACCGUGAGGUCAAAGAAUGAUCUCCCGAGAAGAAGUGACUUCAGUGUGAUAUCAAAUAACAUAGUUCAGAAUGCAAGCAGUAGGGACAGUCGGAGUACAAAGAUACUUGAUGAACCAAACGACAGUGAACUGCACAUAAAUACCCGAAAAAACAAAGUUACGAGGACGAGGAAUGAUUUGCAGGAUCAUGAGAAUUUACACCAGAUGUCUUCUUCCCUUCUCGAGAUGCUUGAUGACCCAGAUAUGGCCACAAGAGAGCUUGCACUUUCUCUGCUGGCUGAAAUCCUUGAAAAGCACCAGAAGGCGAUGGAGAACUGCGUUGAGCUUCUUGUAGUUAAACUGCUGCAUGCAACCAAAGACGGUGCCUUGAAGGUAAUGCACAGUUGCAGUGCUUGGUUCGGCUCGCAUUUGCUGGUGCAACCACAAAGCUGGCAUCUGAAGCCUUUAUUUAUGUCACUGUCGCUGCAGGUUGUAAAUCAGGCCCAUAUCUGCUUGACAACUGUGGUCACUCAGUUCGACCCACUCAGAUGCCUUGGGGCCAUCGCUUCUCAGCUGGCCAGCCAGGAUGAGAAAGUUCUUAUUGUAAGCAUCAAUAGUCUGAGCAAGCUUGUGAUGCGAUUCUCGGAGGACAACCUGAUGGCUCAUCUGCCAACGUUUCUUCCAGCACUUGUGGAUGCUUCCAAAAACCGCAGUCCGUAUGUCCGCAAGGCUGCGAUGGUGUGCGUGGUGGACGCGUACCUGAAGCUGGGGCCGGCGCUGCUGCCGUACCUGGAGGGCCUGGACAGCGCGCAGCUGCAGCUGAUAACCACCCACGCCAGCCGUCUGUCCCAGGCAAGAUUGAUUGCGUCGGACGGCUGACGCAGCGGGGCACGCCGGACGGGCCGGCCGGCCGAGGAUGUUCCGGGGCAGAGCAGCGUGCGUCGUCGUCGUCGGCGUACCACCCGCUCCUCCUUAUAACGCCCGUGCGCGCCCCGGAAGGAGGAGGAGGAGGAGGAGGAGGAGGAGGAGGAAGAAGAAGAACGAUGCCCUGCUGUGACUACUGCGCUCCCAAUUUAUGAGCAUACAGUAGACCGCACUGCGCUGCGGACGGAAGUGUACUGCGAGCAGCAAUGGCUGCGCCUGGUUUUUCUUCUUCUUGUGGCUUGUAUUUAGAGAUAUAUAGAGAGAGAGAGAGCGUGUGCUAUGCGUGCGGCUGUUGUCAUUUAAGGGCUUGUUCGGUUAUUUCUAUCCCAUGUGGAUUGGAUGUGAUUGGAAAAAAAUUGUGAAAGAUUUUGACUUGUUUGGGAUUGAAAUCCAUCCAUUCCCACCCAAUCCACAUGGAUUGAGAGCAAAACGAACAAGCCCUAAAGUGGGAAGUAAAGGGUGAACAGUCAGUCGGUUAUGAAAUACUGCAGCGAUGGAUUUGAAUCAAAAAAGAAGAAGGUUCUGUGUGCUGGAACCUGGACUGGAUUGGAUGCUACUCCUGUA